CUUGGAUAUCAUAAUGGAGAAUGACAGUUUUGAGUGUGCAGAUGUGGUUUUAAAUUUGCAGUGAGCAGUGCCUCUCUCGCAGGUGACAAACUUUGAUUAACAAAGACUUUUCUAAUCCAGUGGUUGGAGUCCUGGACUAUGAUCCGGGAGACCAGGGUUCAAAUCUCCACUUGGCUAUAAAGCUCACUGUGGGAGACCUUGAGCCAGUCACCAACUCUCAGCCUAACCCACCUCGCAGGCUUGUUGUGAAGAUAAAAUGGAGAGGGGGAGAAACCCAUGUGUGACACCUUGAGCUUCUUGGAGGAAAGUGUAGAUCAAGAAUUCUGAAACCUAUACGUGGUUAUGGCUUCUUCAGCAUCAGAAUACACCAUCGGAGGUGUAAAAAUUCUCUUCCCUUGCAAGGCCUACCCUUCACAGCUUGCUAUGAUGAAUGCAAUUGUGAAGGGGCUGAACUCCAAACAGCACUGUCUAUUGGAGAGUCCUACCGGAAGCGGGAAAAGUCUGGCGUUGCUUUGCUCAGCAUUAUCAUGGCAACAGUCACUUUAUGAAAAGCCACUCGAUGACACAUUGUGUUCAAAGGAAUGCAAGAAGCCCGUAAUGCCUUGCCGCUGUCAGUGCCAUGCUGAGUUUACAACUCAGGCCCAGGACAGUGCAGGAGGAAGCCAAGGCACUUCUUGCUUCUUCGCCAACAAUGGAACAGUGACACCCACAAAAAGUGGAACUGUGUCAAGAAACAAAGGUAAUUUUUAA